AGCAGGGAAUUGAUUUUUUGAAACUAUAUUCAGCCGUUAUACGAUUCUAGAGUACGCCAACACAAAACAACUACAGCAGGAUCAUCCCUGUGUGAUCCGUUUGAUUUGCGAGAGUUACCUGCGCCAACCUGCACCGAAAAACGUGCCCUAAAAUAUGAAUCAUUCUGAAACGAUCGAUCCCUCCGACGGGCAAUCUAAAGAGAUUUUGCGACUCCUGCACAAUCAAACUAAUGGUUUUUUCAUCGAAUGCGGUGGAUUCGACGGUGAAUUUAUUUCCAACACCUUGUACAUGGAGCGCUCACUCGAAUGGAGUGGAUUGCUGAUUGAAGCGGACAAGAAAGCGUUCACUCAGCUUAUAUCUCGCAAUCGCAAAGCGUUCACCUCGCCCGCUUGUCUCAGUACAAAACCGUUUCCCAUGGAAGUGGUCUACAGUGGUACCGCCGAAACGUUUGGCGCCAUUAUCGAGGAGAAAGAUGUUAAACAACCGCAAAGCCAGCAGAAAGACACAGAAAGCAUUUACAAAAUGUAGUUUUUCCCGCUUUACUCCAUUCUACUUGCAAUCGGUAGAACCGACGUCGACUAUUUUGGACUUGACGUUGAAGGAGCUGAGUAUAAUAUCUUGAAAAACAUUCCUUGGCACAAAGUCAACAUGAAGACGGUGACUGCGGAGUGGAAUCACGUCACCGAAGGUGAACCGAGCUUGACUCGUUUGAUGGAGAGCAACAAAUUUAUCAAAACUGGUCUGAUUUCGAAUUGUUAUACCCGCGAAGUUGUCUACAUUCAAAAUUCUUUCAAUGUUUAUAGAGAGAAAUAAAACU